AUGAAUGAAUCAAACAAUAUCAAAAAAAAAGAAAAUGAAGAAAUAUCAGAAAUUUACAAAAUAUUUGAAGAACUAUAUUUGAAAGCACCUCCUCUUUUAAAGGAUCUAUCAAACAAUACUGUAGAUAUUGAUUAUACAGAAUCUAUACAUGAGCAAAUUGAUUUUAAGAAAAUUGAUACAAAAUUUAAAAAUGGAGAAUACUACUCCAUUACAGAUGCAAUAAAAGAUAUAAGGGAAGUAUUCUUGAACUGCUAUUCAUUUUAUGGUGCUAGAAGUAAUCAUACUAAAAAAUCAUUAGAACUUGAAGAACUAUUAGAAGAAAAAAUUAGCCACCUUGAUAAUGAUUGUAAAGCAUUGGCUGAUGUUAAUCUUACAUUUAAUUUACUAAACAUGGAAAGAACACCAAGUUCUAAAUUUAGAUAUCCAAAAGAUUGUUAUGAUUCAGUAUUAUUACGAAGUGUUGCACAUUGUCGCCCUGAACGAUUAAAAAAGUAUCAUAAAAUAUUAUCUACUACUCUUACCACGGAUGAAGAUAAUGCACAUAUUUUAGAAAAAAUACUCAGUUGGGAAAAUGAAGUUUAUUUUAAUGAUGUAUUUCAUCGAUAUAUCAGUUCAAUGUGGGAGCUACCAGAAAUUGGUAAUUUUGUGGCUAUCUUAUUUAAAAAACUUGAUCUUGAUAUUAUUAACCAAGGCGAAAUUGAAAGAAUGUUUUUAAUGCCUAAAGAAUCUACAACUAUGGGUAAAAUCAUGACUACUCUUUUGAUGCCAGUAAAAAAAACAAAAUUUAUUGGUCAAGUCAUGCCAUAUAAGGUUUGGUCUGAAAAACUUUCAAAAAAAGUAUCAGGUUGGUGUAAAGUAUACCACGCAAAAAAACAAAAUAAAGUUAUUGUAAUGAAUUCACUGGGAAUCCAUCCAGAUUUUUGGGCUGUUGUGAAUGAAAAGAAUCCUUUAAUUGAAAAAGACUAUAAUGAACUGUCAUAUUUCAGUAAAGUUUGGCUUGUAAAAGCACUUUGUGAUUAUGUUACUAUUAAAUUUAAAACUAUUAAUGAUAUUGUAACCAAUUGUAAUGAAAGACAAUGUACAAUAUGGAAGAAUGAUUUGGAAACUGAGGAAUAUUUCUUUUUUGAUUCAAUGCCAGAUUUAAGGAUAUAUUAUUACAACAUUCCAUAUGAUGAACCAAGUCUUGAAUUUCUUGAAUCAGUAAAAACUGAUACAGAAGAAAUAAAAGAUGAAGAUAAUCUACCUAUGAAUGGUGUUUCUGGGGGUUUUCGUUCGUUACAAAAAGAUAAACAUUUUAAGCUAAUUGCUGAUUCGGUAGAAGGUCUUCGGACUUUUCUUUAUGAAUUGGAUAUGGAAGGAACAUCAGUUCCAGAAAGCUUGAUAAGCUCUCUAGAAAAUUUUAUUGAGAAAAUUGAACCAGAAGAAUAUAAUUUCAUUGUCUUAAACAAUGAUUCUAAAAUAAAAUUAUUUAAAGACUGUGAAUCAUAUCCAGAUCGAAUUCAGAAGGAUGAAGAUAAUAUGUCACUUUGGGAAGAGAAAGAUUCAAAGUCAAUAGCUCAAGCUCAAAAUGAAGAAAUUAUUCUUGAGAAACGACAAAGAAAAUUAAUCGUACAGCCAGAUUUUGAUACAGUUGAUUAUGGUGAAUCUGAUGAAUAUUUUAGUGAAAAUGAUGUUAAAUCCAUAUCUGAUUUUACUGAUUCCGAAGAUGAAUGGGGUGCUAUGAAUCAGCCUAAAAAUAAAGUCAAACAACCACUGCAGACCUCUUCUAAACUUCUUGAACUAGAAAAGCGAUUAUCGGAAGAAGGGAAAAUGCUGAAAUUCGAUACUAAUAACCUAUUAGAUACUAAGCAGAAUGAUGAGUAUAAUGGACAUAGUAAAACAUUGGUUUGCUCAAAAAAUAAAGAUGAUAUUUCACUUUUGGAAAUUAAAGAUUCAAUGCCAAUAGCUCAAGCUCAGAAUACAGAAAUCAUUUCCCAGAAACGCACAAGAAAAUUAGUUGUAAGGCAAGAUUUUGAAACUGAUAAGUAUUAUGAAUCUGAAGAACAUCUUAGUGAAAAUGAUGUUAAAUCCAUAUCUGAUUUUACUGAUUCCGAAGACGAAUGGGGCGCUAUGAACCAGCCUAAAAAUAAAGUCAGACAACCACUACAAACCCCUUCUAAACUUGUUGAACUAGAAAAGCAAUUAAUGGAAAAAGAUAAAAUUUCAGAACACAAUACAAAUAAAGUGUUUGGUACUAAUGACAAAGACAAAUCUAUCAAAUCAGUUGAAUUACUAAAAACUAAAAAUGACGUUAUAUUUAAUAAUACUGAUACAUUUGUUAAUGGUCAUAACGAAAGAUUAGUUGAUACUAAUAAUAUAGAUAAUGUUCGUAGUUGUGAAGAAGUUGUAUUAAUUGAUAGUGAUAAAGAAGAAAAUGAAAAACCACCUGGUGGUUUAAAACAAGUAGAAAUUAUAAAUCUAGAUGAAGAUAUGCAAAACGAUAUUGAAAUUCUUAAUGAUAAUUUUGAAACAUCAUUCUCUACACAAGUACAAACUGAAAAUAAUAUUAGAAAAACCAAUGAACAAGAUAAUUAUAAACAAAUAGAAUCUGCUGUUAUUUCAAUAGAAGAUGAUGAUCAAAUUAUUAUUAGUGAUGAUGAAGAUGAUAUUCAAUUUAUUUCUAUGACUGUAAAACCCAAGAGUACACCUCCAAAUAUUAAUAAACCUCGUAGUACUAAUUUAAAUAAAUCAUACAACUCUGUUUCUACAAACAGGCAAACAACACCUACCAAUUAUAUCAAACAUCAAGCAACAUCUUCUAUCAUACAUAAACUUUCACAAAACGUUACUAUUAUGCCAGCAAAUGUUCAUGUACCAAAAGGUAUUGAGGUUACUAUGGUUAAAACACCACAGAGAAGAAUAGACUCCCAUUUUAAUUCAAUCAAAAGGAGGUCAACCAUGGCAAAUGGCCAUCUACCAAAUAAUCCUUCAACAAUUAAUGUAAAAUGUGAAGUUAUUUCAAAGCCAGAUUUAAAUGGAGAAGUUAAUUUUUAUGUUAGAUUACCCAAUGGAAAAGAACAUCCGGGUCCUAAUGAGCUUAUCAAUCAAUACCUAAAACAACACAAUAACCAAUUACCUGAUUAUUGGUUAGUUCCUUUACCAGUAGAAGUUGCCAAACAAUAUGGUAUUAACUAA